UGAACGUGCAAAGUUUGUGCAAUAACUAAACGUUUACUUCGUUAUGAGUUUUCUCAGCCGCUGUGUCUGCUGUUUGGUUUAACAAUUUAUUAUAUUUUAGUAAAAAAACAUGUGUAACAGUUACUAUUUCGACUAAAACGGAUUCUGGAUAUAUUUGUUAUUCUUACAAAGGGCCAAGGUUAUUAUCGACCUGUCAAGAAGACAUUUUUUUCGUGAAGCUGUACUUGCAAAAUUCGCAAAAUAGGAGACGAAAACCCCUUUAAGUUUUCAAAUUUUAUAUCGAAUCUGCCACCAAUUGGUGGUAGAGCGAUGCCUCGUUGCAGUAAACGUACACGAAGCGGUGCCCCCGCUAAUGGGGGCGAAGUCUUACCGGGAGCGACCGCUAUUGACGACCAUCACCAUCACAAGAGAUCUAGAAAUAGCAGUUCACGUCGACAUUCCAAAUCAGAAGACACAAGUUUUAGUGUAAAGAAAUGUUUAGCAUGGUUUAAAGAAUACACAACUGCCUCAGAACCAGAUGUAUUAGGUCCAGAAGGGAUGGAAAAGUUCUGUCAAGACAUUGGAGUAGACCCUGAGAAUGUUGUAAUGUUGGUUAUCGCAUACAAAAUGGGAGCAAAACAAAUGGGUUUCUUUACACAAGAAGAAUGGCUAAAAGGUCUAACAGAGCUACAGUGUGACAGUGCGCACAAAUUGCAAAACAAACUAGAAUACCUCCGCAGCUUACUCAAUGAUCCAUAUAUAUUUAAGGCCAUCUACCGAUAUUCUUAUGAUUUUGCUAGGGAUAAGGACCAGCGAUCAUUGGAGACGGGUACAGCGCGCGCUCUACUGGGUGUAUUACUCCCUCGUUGGGCGCUCCGGCCCGCGUUAUCCGACUUCCUAGCUCGGGAGCGUCGCUACCGGGUCGUCAACCGCGACCAGUGGUGCAACAUACUGGAAUUCAGUCGCACCGUCGACACACAACUCAACUCAUAUGAUGCUGAUGGUGCCUGGCCGGUAAUGCUAGACGAGUUCGUGGAGUGGCUGCGGGCGGAGCGUGCGGGUGACGCCGCCAUGCCGGCCGCCAGCUGAGGGCGCCCGCGCGCCGCCCGCCCCGCGCUGCCGCCCUGCCGAGACAGACGCCCGCCACUCGCCUACUCAUG